AUGGCAAAGACAAUGGACCGAGACUUCUGGAAGCAUGAGUGGACAAAACAUGGUUACUGUUCAAGUGCCGCUCUCCCAAUUACGGAUUACUUUAAUGGAGUAGUAAUGGUACAUAACAAUUUGAUCGCAAUAAACAACAAGAAUAAUUUGCGUGAUUAUUUGGCUGAGGGAGGAGUUACGCCAGCUAAUAAUUAUACCAAGCAAGUUAUCAUCACAGCUGUUCAGCGUCUGGUUGGCGCAAAUAAUAAUGUCUACGUCGCAUGCAAAAAAGAUUCUGGAGACAUUUAUCUCAAAGAGAUCCACUUAUGCUUGGACACUGCCCUGCGCAACUUCGUUUCUUGCCCUACUGCAAAUCCAGAUCAAAGAGAAUGCGGGAACCACACCUCCAAAAUUAGAAUCUCAGUCUAG